GGGAGAAGAAAUGGUUAACAGAGGAGUGUUUAUCACCUCUCUGUCUUUGUGCUCCUCCCCUCUCCCUCCCCCAGCUCUCUUUCUCCCUAUCUGUCUCUCUCUCUCUCUCUCUCUCAGAUGUAUAUGUAUAUCCACUUACACAUAACCAGGAAGUUCAUUUCAGGGAAAACGAAACUCAGAGUGCUGCUUUCUCUCUCUCUCUCUCUCUCUCUCUCUCUCUCAGUGUGUGAGUGCAGGAAAAUGGCCGAGGCCAGUAUUUCAGUAGAUCAGGAUCAGUUCAUCUGUCCAGUCUGUCUGGAUCUACUGAAGGAUCCAGUGACUAUCCCCUGUGGUCACAGUUUCUGUAAGGUGUGUAUUAAUGACUGCUGGGAUCAGGAUGAUAAGAGCGGAGUUUAUAGCUGUCCUCAGUGCAGAGACACUUUCACUCCAAGGCCUGUUCUACACAGAAACAACAUGCUGGCUGAAGUGGUGGAGAAACUGAAGGAGACUGAAGUCCAAGCUGCUUCUCCUGCUCACUGUUACGCUGGACCUGGAGAUGUGGAGUGUGAUUUCUGCAGCGGGAGAAAACACAAAGCCGUCAAGUCCUGUCUGAUGUGUCUGGCCUCCUUUUGUGAAACUCAUCUGAAACCUCACUAUGAAAUUUCCUCAUGGAAGAAACACAAGUUAGUUGAAGCCUCUGGAAAUCUACAAGAGAUGAUCUGCUCUGAGCAUGAUAAAGUGCUAGAGAUCUACUGUCGUACUGACCAAAGCUUCAUCUGUUAUCUGUGUACGAUGGAUAAACACAAAAGCCACGACACCGUCUCAGUUAAAGCAUACAGAACUGAAAAACAGAGUGAGGUAAAGGAGGAGCAGAUGAAAUCCCAGCAGAGAAUCCAGGAGAAGCAGAAGAAGGUGCAGGAGCUGAAACAGGCUGUGAACACUAUAAAGCUGAGUGCACAGACAGCAGUGGAGGACAGUGAGAGGAUCUUUACUGAGCUGAUCAGCUCCAUGGAGAAAAAGCGCUCGGAGGUGACGGAGCUGAUCAGAGCUCAGGAGAAGACUGAAGUGAGUCGAGCUGAACGACUCCUGGAGCAACUGGAGCAGGAGAUUGCUGAUCUUCAGAGGAGAGUCACUGAGCUGGAGCAGCUUUCACACACACGCGAUCACAUCCAUUUCCUCCAGAGUUUCCAGUCUCUCUGUGUCUCUUCUGGACGUGAGGACUCACCCAGCAUCACUGUCAAUCAACAUCUCUCAUUUGAUGGAGUGAGGAAAUCUCUCUCUGAUCUGAAAAAGAGACUGGAGGAAUUCUGCCAGGAGGAAUUCAUCAAAAUCCCUAGACAUGCUGCAGCAGUUCAGAUGAUUUUACCCUCAGAACCAAAGAGCAGAGAAGAUUUUCUGCACUAUUUCUGUGAUCUGACUCUGGAUCCCAACACAGUAAAUUAUGACCUCAUUCUGUCUGAGAAGAACAGAAUGGUGACGUACAGUGAGAUAAAGCAGCCGUACUCUGAUCAUCCAGAGAGAUUUGACUCCUACAGACAGGUGUUGAGUAAGGAGAGUGUGUGUGGACGCUGUUACUGGGAGGUGGAGUGGAGCAGUGAGGGAUAUGUGGAAAUAUCAGUCUCAUAUAAAGACAUCAGCAGGAAAGGACGCGGUUAUGAGUGUUGGUUUGGACGCAACAAUCAGUCCUGGAGUCUGUGGUGUUCUUCUUCUUCUCUCUCUUUCUGGCACAACAACAUUAGGACUGAUCUCAGACUUCCAUCAUCCUCCAGAAUAGGAGUGUAUGUGGAUCAAAGUGCAGGAACUCUGUCCUUCUACAGCGUCUCUAACACGAUGAAGCUCCUCCACAGAGUCCACACCACAUUCACUCAGCCUCUAUACGCUGGAUUCUGGUUACCCUAUAGACGAUCAAAUGUAAGAUUAUGUGAUCCAAAAUAAAAUGUUAGCAAUGUGAUUUUUUAAAAAUUAAACCAAUCAACUUUCCUUUUUUCUGUCAAGUUUAAUUCAAAUAAAGGUGUAAUAUGAGUAAUUUAUUUUAGAUUUCUUGAUUUUCAUUCAUAAAGUUAGAUUUUCUUUCCUCUGUGUUUCACUAGAUUUUAAUGUUAUAAAUGUGACUAUAAAAAAUAAAUAUCAAAACUUUUUUUUUUUUUUUUAAUAUAUCCAUUACAGUAAACAACUGCUGUAAUUGCAGGCACAGCAUUUUUUCGACAAAAUUAUAAUGUAAUCUCAGAGGAAAAGAAAAUGAAUAGAAGUAAAGUGUUGUGUCAUUCUGUCUGUUUUUCCUUAUAUUAUCUGUUGACUGACUGUAUCAAUUCUAGCAAUAAAUACAUUUAUUAAAGUAUUAAGAAUUCCUUUAAGAAUUUUUCUUUUUUACUGUAAAAAAGAGGAAGGGAAAGUUAGCAUAACAGUUUGUCACCAAAAUCUUAACCUGUCCUGAUAAAUAUGCCUAGCUUAGUGCAAAGCUUUUCUGCUUCACUGUUGUGUUAGAUUUGAUGUUGAUCUUUUUAAUCAUCAUUGUCAAGAUAACUAUUCAUUAGUCUUACUCAGGAAUCAUCAAGACUGUACUUAUACUGUAUAUAUUCAGUAACAAUUUACUGUACACAUCUUUUUAUGAAAUCUGAAUCUUGCUGGAUAGUAAAAAUCUAUUUAAUUAUGUGGGUUAAAUCCAUAUGUAGUGCCUAUUUUUGUGUUUUUAAAAUACCACUAUUGCACUAAGCAUUGCCUUCAUGAGUACUGUUUCCCUACUUGCAAUUUAAUAAAAGCAUUAAAUACAAAGCUAAUGUAGGAUGUGAAUAUU